GCGGAGGCCGCCGUUGGGAGUUUGUCUGCUUUGGCUGGUGGCGGGGCGAAUACACGGACGAUGCCCAUCCUGCAUUUGCACUCCAUGCUUGAACUGCUGCCUUUCCUGCUGCUGUUGCUGCUGUUCUUGGCUCUGGGCUUUUUCCUGAUCUAUCUCCAGAGACCCGAAGCAGAAACCAAAAAGAAUUAGGGGUGGGGGCGCGUGGGCGGGCUCCCGGUCUCUCCCACGUAAAGAUGCAGCAGGCACUCCAGUCCUGAAAGUUGGAGGCGUUUUUAAAAACAAUAAUCAAAGCAGUUCCCACCAAUUCAGCUGCCUCCCUGACCUAACAACCAUUGAAGGAGAGAAAGAGAUGGGAGACACCAGCAAAGAAGACUAUAAAAUUCACUCGUUUGAUACAGAAAUCCAGCAGUUACUGAAAACAGCCCUCAAAGACCCCAGCAGCGUGGAUCUGGAGAAAGUGGCCAAUGUAAUUGUGGACCAGUCCCUCAAAGACUGUGUGUUCAGCAAAGAGGCCGGGCGCAUCUGCUACACCAUCAUCCAGGCGGAGAGCAAACAGGUGGGCCAGAGCGUCUUCCGGCGAGGCCUCCUGAACCGACUGCAGCAGGAGUAUAAGGACCGUGACGAACUGCGGGCUCAGUCCCUCCAGGCAUGGAUCUGCUUCGUCACCUUUAUCUGCAACAUCUUUGACUACCUGAGGGUCAACAACAUGCCCAUGAUGGCACUGGUGAACCCAGUUUAUGAUUGCCUCUUCCGACUGGCACAGCCGGACAGCCUGAGGAAAGAGGAAGAGGUGGACUGCCUGGUGCUGCAGCUGCACCGCAUUGGCGAACAGCUGGAGAAGAUGAACACCCAGCGGAUGGAUGAGCUCUUUUCCCUCCUGCGAGACGGCUUCCUUCUGCAGGAGGGCGUCAGCUCCCUCUCUCAGCUGCUGCUGCUGGAGAUCAUUGAGUUCCGGGCCGCUGACUGGAAAAUGACAGAUGCGGCACAGAAGUACUAUUACAGCGAGGUCACCGACUGAACGGCGGUGUGAAGCCAACAUACUGUUCCAAAGCCUCAGACCACAGCAGAAUUAUUCCCUGGAGAACAUGUAACUACAAACGGAUUUUGUAACUUUUUUACAAUAGCUCCUCUGAACUACAGUAUUGUACAUUUCUGUUAAAAAGGUUGGUUCUCUUUGGGAUUUUUUUUAAAUAAACAUUUUACACAUCCA